GCAACCCGCAGCUGGCCCAGUACUCGUCCUUAUCCUCACAGGCACAGAACACCCCCACUAUCAAUCUCAUACCAACGUCAAGCAACGAGCCAUCUCCCAACACCUUUGUACUGCGAUUCUUUGUGGCGCCUCUGACCGGCGCGUGUCCUGAACGCACAGCCGAGACAGCCGCAGAAAU